AUGAACCAACUGGAUCCCGAUACCCUCAAGAACUUGUACGAUUGGCUGGACACCAUUCCGUUUAGUCGUUCUAAGAAGAAUUUAGCGCGGGAUUUUUCCGAUGCCGUCUUAACGGCAGAACUGGUAAAGGCCUUUUUUCCUGCCAUGGUGGACUUGCACAACUAUCCCGGUACACACUCGCUUCGGCAAAAGAUCGUGAACUGGUCGACCAUCAACAACAAAGUCCUCAAGAAAUUGGACUGUUUGCUGCCACAGUCUAUUCUGCAGGAUUUAGCGACCGCCAAGAGAGAAGUGGUCGAGCAGUUCCUCCAGAUGCUGAGGGAAAAGAUUCAAGCGAAGACUAAUGCCAAGACGGUCGCCAAGAAGAGAGCCAAAGCCCCCACCAAGACUCACGUUAAGGAUCCGGAUCUAUUGGAGGCCAUCGGUGACUCUCUGCGCAACGAAAGUCUGGUUCGUGGGAAGUUACAAGACGAAAUGGUGCCAAGAGAGCUGUUCGAUCAGAAGGUGGAGCAGCUCCUGAAGAGCGAAGAGACGAUAAGAGUCCUGACAGCAAGAAUAGAGCGUCUGGAAGCCACCAUUUUAUUGAAAGACAUGAAGAUCGAACGGUUGACUGCCAGCUUAGAUCGAUUAAAAGCAAAUCCGAAUGAAUCCUGCCUCGAAGACUGA